AUGGCAGCGGAGACCCGAUCUUAUGGCAACGAUGCAUUCUCACUUUAUGGCUAUGAAACAUCCUCAAGUCAUGGCGAUUCAUCCGGCGACUCUGGUGUCUCCGACCUAGAAGAUUCCAGUGAAGUAGCUCUUGACGUGUUGGAACGUCACGGAAAAUACUGGGACAGCCAGUCGAUCGAAGGCUGGAACAUCCAGUCAGUCAAUUACGGAAGGUUCAUCAUCAGCGACAAAUCUACCAGAUUUGUGACGGGAAAUUUCGGCAUCAGAGCAGAAUCACUUGACUUUGAUUAUUCAGAUUGCAGGCAAGUCGUUACGGAAAGGCUCUCGACGUUACGCCUUCGCAUGACUACGUUUGCGUUUGCAUUACCGGAGCGACGGUUCCAUCGCAUCUCUUUGAAGAGCUCUCUAAGUACCGCUGUUGCCGGGCUAUUCAAUGAGACAUCCGCUGAUCAAAAUGGAAUUAGUUCCCUCCAUGCCGAAGCUAUCGUCGACAUUCAAUUCGGCGGACUGAUUGCAUCGCCGGCGAAGCCCCAUGACGACCCUCCAGCAAACGAGACACUGGCCAAACUACGUACAGAGAGAGUGCAUGCAGAGAUGAUACAAAUGGUCAAACGGAUGAUGGAGGAAGCUGGACUUGUGUCUCGGGGCACAAGCUCAUUUUCUGUACCCCCCACAUCAACAGUGGCGCGAGCAUUUCAGACUGGAGACCUGUGGAGGACACCGAGAGCAAGAAAAGGAUUGUAUGGGUAUCUUUCUACCUGGGCAAACCUUCAACCGGAAGCAGGCGUAGAGAUGUUACUGUAG